UAAAAUGCUUCAGUAAACUUUUUUUUGUUGGGGGGGAAAGACAUGAAGAACCGAAUGUCGGACGAGCUCGAACGGACUGCGGAUGCAUGAGAAGAGAAGAGAAGACAAGAGGAUGUUGUUUGGCGGCGCAGACACACUGAACUGCAGGCCAGAGACUGAAGCAUACAGAAAAAACAUUGAGAAAAAAAAACAAAAACAAAAACAAUACGCCCACUUUGCUUCCCCCUGGCUCUCGGAAACGAACGGCCCUCCUCCCCCUCCCCCUGCUACAGGUGCUGCUUCCUCAUAUAUGCAAAAUACGUAUGUUUUAUUUCCAGGGAAAGGAAGCCCUGAUGACGGACGGGGGUUUUAACGCUUUAGGACUUUCCCACGCGUUCAGAGCUGAUUGUGUCCCUCUUAUUUUUCUUUGUUGUUUUUUUUUGUUGUUGUUGUUUUUUUUCUCUCUCUUCAUUUUAAACAAAUUUGAAUGUGGGCAGAGGUUUCGGGGCAAUAUGAAGGGUCGAUGACUUUCCCCUUAAUUUCCCUUCACCUAACGUACGGCUCAAAAACGGCCGCCUUUCGUUCAGUUUUACUGACAAUCAUGUUUUAUGAUCAGUUCUUUUUUAAUACGUCACAUCUGUAUCGGAGAUCCACUUUUUGGUGGAUGCCUGGAUUUUUUUUUUUUUUUUUCCUUUUUUUUUUUCUUUCUUCCAAACUUUGAUGACAUGUGGUACGUCUGUGGUAUUAUAGGUCACAGUCAUUGUGUGUGAUGGGUUCACAUUACACUCACAAACACACACGGGCAUAUACACACACAUACUGACACGCCCUUACAAACAGUCUUCAGAAAUGGCACGUACUGUUAAAUACACUAAGCGUAGGGCGGGUCGAAGCCGUCGGAUGAUUCCGGAGCGACGGGAGCACCUUUUUGUCUUUUCUGUGUCACACUGAAAAUCGUUUCGUGUGUGUGUGUGUGUGUGUGUGUGUGUGUGUGUGGGGUCCAUGUACGUUGCAUUCAUGCAUCGCUUGUUGCGAGAUGUAAAUGAGAAAACGACGAAACGUUUUUUUUGUUUUGUUUUUUUGGCACACACUAAAAUAGGAAAUUCUUUUUUUUUUUUUUUUUUUUUUUUUUUUUUUUGUUUAAUCGUAAUCUCUUUCUAAAAACGUGAUCGUUUUUCACUAGUCCACCUGGAAGUACCUUCUUAUGGGAUCGGCAUGUGCGGGGGGGGAAAAAAACGUUAGACGAUUGGGAUAUCCGUGAAUCGCAGCGCUUAGAGAAUCCUGCCGAUUUUUUUUUAUUUCCCCCAGACCAUAAUAAAAAAAUGUAAAAAAUGAAUUUUUUACCGCCGCCCACAUCGUGCUCCGUAUUAGCGGCACGUCAGGCGCCAACGCCGACCUUUAAUCGCUAAUCUACCCUUUUACCGUACACGUGAAUGAACGCGACGUACGUGGACAGUGUGUGUUUGUGUCCCGUGUGUAUGACGUUACGCGUCCGAAGCCCGUAAAUCCAUCCUAGUGAACUACAUCGGCAGUACGAUCUCGAAUCCUGUAGAUGACAGACAUAAAAGUAGAAACGUGGAGUUAGCCUGCAUAGUGACGAAGGGAAUAAGGACUCCAGUUCUGUCACUAAUAAGACAGUAUUGGGUUUAGUGUUGAAUUUUUCUUUACUCUCUCUCUCUCUCUCUUUUUGUGGAAAUUACAGGCAUUGCACUACUUUUAAUAAUUCUUUGCAUCUUUCUGGCCUAUUCAUAUGAAUGCUGCAGGUAUGACUUGUUGACUCGUUUUUGGGGGUUUUUUUUAGGACAUGUAUAGUCGUGGUCUCUUUAGCAGAGUGCACGAAUAUCAGCUUCAGAGACGGUAGAACAAUCCAUCCGAUCCGACGUCCUGCUCGAGUCACGUAUCCCGACUCGGAGAACGCGGCCACCGCCGUGCUUCGAGGAGUUCUCCUUUCAGAAAUCCCCACGCUUUUCUUUUCUGGAUCCCUGUUCAUUUUUUACUUUUUUUUGUUUUUUUUUUUCCGUACACUUUCUUUUCAAAUACAAAACACACACACACACAUAUAUACAGAAUUAUUUGCAUGGGGACUGUGAGUGUAGCUAACUCUUGUCGGGAUUUCUUCAAAGCAGGCUUGUGUGCUGAGUUAAAAAGUGUUAAUGGAUGAAUAUCAGGGCUUAUGAAUCUGCUACCAAACCCAAAAUAAUGCCAGAGCCAUGAAAAGUGCCUACAACAUUGCAAGAGUUUCAGUUCAUUUGGGGUUUUAAAGCAUUAUUAUUAUUAUUAUUAUUAUUAUUAUUAUUAUUAGGGAUGCAUUGAUGGCAUUUUUCAGCCUGAAUACUAGUAUGAGCACAUGUUUUGUCUCGGUUCUCGUCAACGCCGAUACUGAUACCAAUUUGAGUAACCUACUUAAUCGAUCAGGGACGUCAUGAAACGUUCGAUUUAGCUCUGUUUACGUUUCCCCCACGUUUAAAUAACGCCCGUAAAAGAAAGGCCCGCGUAUUCUAUGAGGCUCGUUCUUGAGCGCGUCGACGUCAGCCAGUUGAUUCGAAAUGACGCGGGUUAGCUAGCUACGUCCGUCGCAUCGGAUCGAGUAGGGUCGCGGUGGAGAAACGGUUCGGGGAAAGUGUUUCUGUAAAGCGAAGUAGGUUUCGUUUUCACCGCGUCUCAGUCGGCGGUUUUCUCGCCUAGCCUAGCUAGCCUUUGAGUGUCGAUGCAUCCCUAACUAUUAUGAUCGAUCCCAGUGAGUUGUACCAAGCAGGGGCUUCCAUACAGGCUAAAUAAUCACACGUAAAUACCAUCAUCAAAGACGCAGACUAAAGCGCCGACACGCUCAGUAGUAGUGUAACCCACAUUUUCAACUUAGCCUUCAAUGGCGCUUUUUUUUUUUUCUUCUUCUUUAAAAGAAGUUUUUACACCACAGUGAGACCCCGAUUACAUGCGACAUGAUGGCGUUCAAGGUGCUGACAUGAGAAUCUCUAUAUAUCAAUUAUAUAUAUAUAAAUAUAUAUAUAAAUGCAUGGUGCUUUCUAAAAGGAAAAAAAAAAAAGCUCAAAUGGCCACCGUAUCUUUGACAUGGGCGCAUGGCAGAUAAUCUUAGUAGAAUCUCUGAAGCUAAGCUCUUACUCGAAACUACUUAAACCUCCGAUUCCCCACAGUACAGUACAGAGCGCAUCGGGAUUGCGAACGGAUACGUUUUUUUAUUUACCUUGCGAUGCCAGACAUCGGUUUUGAAUUUUAACCCCCAUCCCCGCAACAACCCUAAACCCCCACCACCCUAACCCUUUCGACUUUGCACGACGUUUUAUAUAUAACACAUUAUGUGCCUUGCCUUUAGUUAAGAACAAUAAUACAUGAUUGAGAAUUGUAAAUGAAUUUUUUUAUGUAACCGAUCGUCGCUGGAACAAAAAAAAAAAAACAAAAAAAAAAGGAUUUAAAAAAAUUAUAAUAAUAACGAUUUUUGCAUGUUUGCUUGUCACUAUCUUGAUUAGGACUGAUAGAGUGCAGUAGAUUGAGACGGGUGAGACUGGCUUCCUUUCCUCCUCCCCUUGAUACGUGUUGUAGUUGUCUUUCCACUGCAUGAAAUCCUUGCUUUUUUUGUUUUCUUUUGGGGUUUUUUUAAAUAUGAUUUCACAUUUCAUUAAUUAUAUUACUUCUACUGUAGAUUAGCGACCCGCUACAGUACCUGCUCUUUCUUUCGGAUCAUCACUGACGUCCUUUUAUUCACCCGAGCCGUCGAUGUUAACGCUUUCUUUCAUUUUUCUUUUUCUUUUUUUUUUUUUUUAACUAUAUAGAAUGAAUGUAGCUUAAAGUAUGGACUCGUGGAAAAAAAAAAAAGAAACAAACGGAAAGAAGUAGAAUUGUAAAGCUUAAUUUGUAAAAAUGGAAAAA